AUGGCUCGAACUGAAUUCUCAGAACUAGCCGAGAUUGCCACUCUGGCCCUGCAGAUCGACAACAAACUCCACGGUCUAACCCCCACGGCGGAGCCAACCAAGACCCCGGACCCCAACGCGAUGGACUUAUCAGUCAUGCAAGACCGCCUAUCAGACGCGGAGAAGACCAGGAUGAUGCGAGCGGGUCAGUGCUUCCGAUGCGGAAAAGAGGGACACAUCUCGAGGGACUGCCCGGACCGUGGCCCAAAGGCGAAAGGAAAGGAACAAUCCCAGAUUGCUGAACUUGAGGAGGAGGUCAAGCAGUUGAAAGCUGGAAGUAGUAGGGCGGACUCGUCAAAAAAUGGAGGUGCUCAGGAAUGA